CUUUAUAGCUUUUCCCACUAUAAGAUGUCAUAAUUACAUCAAAUGGAAUAUUAUCAUACUUAAUCGUCAACUUUUGUAGUUUUCGGUUUUUUUUUUAUUUUUCUCGUAAUAUUCGUUUCCCCUAUUUAAUUUUUUUUUUUAUUUAGUUUUUUUUUUCCGUUAUUUAUUUCUUUAUUGUUUAUAUGAAAGUUAUUAGAGAGAGAAAUAAAACAUUUAAUAAAAGAUGUCGUCCAAUAAUAGAGUUUUAAUAAACAAGAGUAAGGUAGCAAUGUGUCGCCCCCCACUUGUUAUUGGCCGUGGGGCAAUGGGUGAGGUUUACUUGGCUACCUAUCAGGGAAAAACUGUCGUAGUAAAAAAGAGUCAGCAAGACCAUGUAGAUAAUAAUACUUUAUUGAAAGAAUAUAGUAAUUACUUUAAAUUACAAAAUCAUAAUAAUAUACUAAAAUUUUACGGAGUCAUAAGAGACGAUCGAUAUUCAUUUUCAUUGGUGUUGGAAUACGCUACAAACGGAAAUUUAUCAAGUUAUCUUAGAACUAAUACAGUGGAUUGGACUUUUAAAGCCAGAGUUUGCAGGGAUAUAGCGUGUGGACUUAUGCACUGUCAUGAUAAUAACGUUCUACAUUUCGAUCUUAAACCGGAAAAUGUAUUAUUAGACCAAGAUUUGGUCCCAAAAUUGGCCGAUUUCGGUAUUUCAAAAACAAAGAGUCAAAUGAUAUUGGACAAUGGAAAAGCCGGUGGUACUAUAAACUAUGUGGCUCCUGAACGUGUUUGUAGAGAUAUUAAAAUGAGAGAUUUUUUUGACAAGUACGUAUAUUUAAAAUAUCUUUUUUUUUCUCAAUAGUUUAAUAGUUUGAUAGUUUGUAAUUUAUUCUUCUACAUAUUAGUCAUCCGAAACUCUCCGACGUCUAUUCAUUUGGAUUAAUAUUAUGGUCAGGUAAAUACUUCUCCCAACUUUUACGAAUUAUUCUUAAUAAUAAUAAAUUUUAUAUUAACUAAAUAAUUAAAUUUUUAUAGUUGCAAAAAGUGGUGAG